UGGAAGGAAAGCUGCUCUGCUUUGAGGGAGUGGAACAAACGUGGUCUAUUGAAGCUGGUGGAUACUAUCCUUGAAAAAUGAAGUGUCUCCAGCGCCAAGCCGGCCGCUCCAAAGGUUCAAGGUGAUGGGAGGACCCGAUCCCGCAACCGCGCUCGCCCCGCCCCUGAGGAGCGACCAGCCCGGAGGCGUGAGAACGCGGAGCGGCACGGCGGCUCCUUAUAGGUCAGGCCGGGCGCACGCGGAGAGUCGCCCGCCCGGCAGGACUCGCGGGACUCGGCAGCGCCGGCCUUCAGCGCAGCCCCGGCAGAUCCCGACUAGGCCAUGGCCGCCACGGGCGCCCGGCUCCUGCGCGCCGCCUGCGCCUCCGUCUCCGCCCCCGGGUCCCUCCACGGCCCGACUUGCCGCUGGCUGCUGCUAGCCGGGGCCCGCGCCGGAGCGACCGGCCUGCGGCGGAACGUAGGCCCGGGCGGAAGCAGCGUGGGGCCCAGCCGGCCGCUGAGCCUGUCUGCAUGCGCGCGGAGCAGCUCAGAAGAUAAAAUAACAGUCCACUUUAAGAACCAAGAUGGUGAAACACUAACAGCCAAGGGGAAAGUUGGUGACUCUCUGCUAGAUGUUGUGAUUGAAAAUAAUCUAGAUAUUGAUGGCUUUGGUGCGUGCGAGGGAACUUUGGCUUGCUCUACCUGUCACCUCAUCUUUGAGGAUCACAUAUAUGAGAAGUUAGACGCCAUCACCGAUGAGGAGAAUGACAUGCUUGAUCUGGCAUACGGACUGACUGACAGAUCGCGGUUGGGCUGCCAAGUUUGUCUGACCAAGGCUAUGGACAAUAUGACUGUUCACGUGCCCAGUGCUAUGGCAGAUGUCAGACAGUCUGUGGACAUGAACAAGAAUUCCUGAGUUACAAUAAAAAGAAGUAUUUUCAUGAAAUUUUUACUGAUUUUUAUAAUCAUUUCUCGGUAUAAUUAGAUGAAAACAUGGUAGAAUGGAUUUAUUAUAAGUAGCUGUACUAUCCCACUUCAUCUGGUAUGUCCCAUUUUGUAGUACUGAAAGUUUGCAGUUUUUAUUUUAGUUAAAUUAUUAAAAUGCUAGUCUAAUAUUAGAGGAUAGCUGAUAAAAUCAACUCCUUACUUAUUUUACCAUGUUCAGUGACAUUAGCAAAACAUUACUAGAAAAGAUACAUUUGCUUAUCUGAAAGGUAAGUUUAAAAAAAGUAUUAUUACUGCUAUUUCAUGUGGGUGAGAGCAGACAGAGUUCUAAUGGCUUACCUAGGGCCGUAUAACUCAUGAGAAAAUCUGUACUGGAAUCCAUAUUUUUUAUGUUUUAUGUUCAGAUUGAUUCUGGAGAAAUUAUGAGAAUUGACAUAGAAAAAAAGAGGCUAAGUGUAAGGUGGCUGGAGGUAGAUAUAGCUGCACAGGUGUGUGUUAGAGAGGAUAUCCUGUGACCUCUCGAACAGUACAGACACAAGACUAUCCAAAACUGACUGGGACCAAAAAUGUGGCUGGCUGGGACUACUGCUAGCUGUCCUUUACUUCAUAUGGUGACAUUUCUGUAUCGUUAGCUUUGGAAAGUUGCCUGUUCCCAUCAUUACCUGUUGUAGUAACAUAUUGGAAAAUUCUGUUGAAGAAUAAGAAGGGGGUGGUACACCCUAUUUAGGGAAAAUCUUGAUCCAUUCCUGGAGUUCUUUACUGUGCCUUAACUUAGGAAUAAUUUUUCCCUCUUUAAAAUUUGCCUGUAAGACACUACCCAGAAUCCUACUGCCCAUCUCUCUCAGAAGCCUACAUUCACCCUUUGUGUGUGUACUUUUGUCUUGUAAUAAACCUUUUCCUUUUCUUA